GUUAGAUAUCAGGUGUUCAAGAGUAUUGCAGAGUAUUGUACUAAAAGUAUAAUAGCAAAGUAUUUAAGAAUUUUCCCCACUUUGAUCUAUUGCUAUUAUCAUAAUGUGCGGUCGCUUAGCGUGCACUUUAAACCCAGAUGAGAUAUCUGCAAAGUGUGAAUACAUGAGUAGUAAAGAGAAGCUGGAGAAGCCGGAGUGGAUCCACAAUGACCAAGAGUACAAGCCUGUAUUCAAUGGACCUCCAACAACUGUUGUUGCAGUGUUAUCUUCCAAUAAAAACUUAAAAUUGGACAAGACCAGUUCCACAGAGUUCUGUUUGAUACCUAUGAGAUGGGGAAUGUUACCAUCAUUUAAAACUGAGGCUACCGGAAACUUUCACACACACAAUGCUAGAAUAGAGAAUAUUUUGAAAUCUAAUCUUUAUAAGCCAAGUUUGAUGAGUGGAAAGAGAUGUGUCAUAAUCACUGAAGGCUAUUAUGAGUGGCAAACAACUCCAGGUGAAAACUUGAAACAACCGUUUUUCCUUUAUCAAAACCCUGAUGGACCCAAGUUUGAAUCAAAGAAAAAUUUGAUUAAGUUGGCUGGAUUGUUCAACAUAUCCAAGGAUGGAGAUAGUGUUAAGUAUUCUUGUACGGUUCUUACGAGGGAAGCGGAUUCUUCAAUGGCCUGGAUGCAUUACAGAAUGCCGGUGAUUUUAAAUACCAGAGAAGAGGUGAAUAAUUGGCUGAAUUAUGAAGAGAUUGAGUACAAGGAGGCUAUAGAUAGAUUACCCAAAUACGAAGAUUGCAAGAAGGAGUUUAGAUUGAAACAUCACGCGGUUAACAAGACUUUCGUGAACAAUUCAUCCUGCAACGAAGCCAAGUGUAUGCAACCAGCCGCAGCUAAGUAUGCAUACUUAAGUACGCUUCAUGAUACAAAUAUACAAGUUGGGUAUACCUACAGCUGCCUACAGCCGUUCCAUUUUCGUCCUAUUUCGUAACAAUAUAAUAUGAAAGAUAAGCGUAUUUACUUAGUUUCAAGAUUUUUUUACAGCUUACUCUUAUUUAUUGUCUUGGUCACCGUCCAUAUGCGUGUACCAAGGGUGUACCUUGUAUAUUUGUAUCUUAAGUCCGCUUUAUAUUAGGAUAAUAUUUUGAAUAAGAUCUCCAGUGUCCUCAGCCGUUAUAUUAGGAAAGAAGGUCUAAUUCAAAAUUUGCAAUAAAUCGAUUCGUUAUUUUAGGAGAAGAAGCACCACUCUUGACGGAUGGCUGAAGAAAGCUAAAAAAUAAACAAACAGUUGAAUUCAUUAAACUCCAAA